AUGGUUCAAUUAUUACAAUUUGCAACAGGGGUAUUCAUUUUUGGUGGUUUAGUCCAAGCUACACCAGUAACGAAUGGUAGAAAAUCUGAAUUUGUAUUUGAAUCAGACCCUCUAUACAGUGUGUUUAGUUGUGAUAACUUUGUCUAUGGACCUUACAGUUCAUGGUCAUGUCACAAUACUACUGCUAUCCCAGACUAUGAUUCUUGUUGUUUUGAAAACUGGGGUGUCCUUAUGUCAACUCAGUUUUGGAAUUAUAAUAAAACAUUAUUAGAUAUUGUUAAAUGCAACAAUUCCGAGACAAUUGACGAACUUGAAGAUUCUUAUCUCAAAACCAAAUAUGCACAAGGUGAUCCACGGUUAACAUUUACUAUUCAUGGAUUAUGGAAUGAUUUAUGUGAUGGUACAUGGAAUGAAUUUUGUGACCCUACUCUAGAAAUUAAUGACCAAAAUGAUAAUGUUACACAUGUUAUUCUUGAGACGUUUAAUGAAUUUCACUUAUUUGAGACUAUGAAAAAGUAUUGGGUUUCCAAUGACCCAAAAGGCCCAAUUUCACUUUGGGUCCAUGAAUAUAAUAAGCAUGGAACAUGCAUGAAUACUUUGAAUCCUCAAUGCUUUGCUGGAGAAUAUACCCGAUUUGAAAAUAUAAUUCAAUAUUGGAAGAAAGCUGUUGAACUUUGGAAAAGUUAUCCAACCUAUCAAUUUUUAUUAUCAAAUGGUAUUGUUCCUACACUCAAGAAGCAAUACGACUUAAGAGAUGUGCAAAAGGCUUUGGCUGAUAACAAUGGUGGGUUUACAGCUUAUGUAGGUUGCCAUAAUGGAACCAUCGAUGAAAUCUGGUACUACAACAACUUAAAGGGUAAUGUAUUGACAGGAGAAUAUAGACCAAUGGACACUUUAACUAAUUCAACCUACCCUUCAACUGGUCACACACAAACUCAAACACAAACUCAAACACAACCCACUCAUAGUUCAAGUGAUCUUCUCACUCCCAAUAACCAACAAGCUCGAAGAAAGAGAGGGCUCUCAUUAAGAAGUCAAUUAUUCAAUAAAUCUAUAAUAAACCAAGUCCAACAACCAUUUCCUGACUCACUUCCUCAAAAUGAUCCUAUAACUUAUCCAAUCCAUGAAACUUCAUCGACGUAUGAAUUGAAUGAUUUUUCCAAUAAAUCUUUGAAGACUCAAAUCAGACAAUCAUCAGAUAAUGAUGAAAUGUUUGAUCCUAGAAAUUAUAAUAUCUAUUCCGAUCCGAAUAUUUCAAGAUCUACAACUCAAUUAACUGAACCUACGAGUUCAGACAAUUCAGAUUCAUAUGUUGGUAAACGAGAACGAGCUUUAAGAAGAAGAUAUCAUACACGAAAUAAACUCAAACGAUGGAUAUUAUCAGUCAAAGAUUUAAUACUUGCUCAUAAUGAAUUACCACCAACUGAAAAUGGUCGUAUUAUUCCAUUAUCAACUAAUCUAAAAUCCGUCAAUGAAUAUUUUCAUGAUCAAUAUUAUGAUUGUAAUACAAAUAAUCUUGUAGAUGAAAGAAGUGGAUUACCAUAUAUUGAUAAUAGAAUUACUUCAUCAAAGUAUACUAUAUAUUCAUUUUUACCUAAACAACUUCGAGCUCAAUUCUCCAAGCUUGCCAAUUGUUACUUUAUGGUAGUGGCUAUAAUGCAAAUGAUUCCUAAAUGGUCAACUACUGGUCAAUUUACUACCAUUAUACCAUUAAUGAUCUUUAUGUCUAUAUCUAUAGCUCGAGAAGGAUUUGAUGAUUGGAAAAGACAUGGACAUGAUAAAGAAGAAAAUAAUAAGAAAGCCAUAGUCAUUCGAGAAGAUAUGGAUUUAUCUAAUUUCGAUACUCAUUCCAUUGCCACCAUUAUGACAGAAACCAUUCCUAUAAUAACCAGUAGUCAUUAUAAUAACAGUAGUAAUACUAAUAAUAAUGGUACAAUCAACAAUACUAAUACCAAUAGUACCAAGGACUACUUAUCUCCCAAUGGUAAGCAUUCUCCUACCAUCCAUACGAUUUCUUCAGUAACUUCGCUAUCUGAUUCAGAAGGUAUAACCACAUCCAAAUUGUAUACCAAUAAAGAAGCCAUGAAACGUUACAACCUCAAAGAGUAUGUAACGAAAUGGAAGAAUAUCAAAGUGGGAGAUAUUGUCAAACUUAAUGAAAAUGAUUGGUUCCCAGCCGAUGUAGUAUUACUUGCUACUAGUGAUAAAGAUCAUAAUGAAGCAUUUGUUGAAACUAUGGCACUUGAUGGAGAAACCAAUUUAAAGGCCAAGAGACCUCAUAUUGAAUUAAGUAAAUAUACUUGUACAGUUACCGGAUUAAAGAAUAUUAAAUCCUUAAUUACGGUAGAAGAUCCAAAUUUAAAUCUAUAUAAUUUUGAAGGACUGUUUACUAUAGAUGGAGAAAAAUAUGCUUUAGGAAAUGAUAAUGUAGUUUAUCGAGGUAGUAUAUUAAGAAAUACAAAAUCUGUACUUGGAUUAGUAAUAUUUACUGGUGAAGAAACUAAAAUAAGAAUGAAUAAUAUAAAGAAUCCUCGUACUAAAGCUCCUAAAUUACAAAAGAAUAUUAAUUAUAUUGUAGGAUUUAUGGUUAUAAUUGUUAUAUUAUUACUGGCCUUUUCAACCAUGGCUCAACGAAUAUUAUAUCAUAAUACUCGACAAAAGGCAUGGUAUUUAUUUGAUCAAGAUGCUGGAGUUGCUCCUACAUUAAUGAGUUUUAUUAUUAUGUAUAAUACAUUAAUUCCCUUAUCAUUAUAUGUAACUAUGGAAAUAAUUAAAGUAAUGCAAUUACUUUUCUUACAAUUCGAUAUAGAUAUGUAUCAUGUGGAAUCCAAUACACCAGCAGAUGCAAAAACUGCCACCAUUUUAGAAGAAUUAGGUCAAGUAAGUUAUGUAUUUAGUGAUAAAACUGGGACUUUAACUGAUAAUUGUAUGGUAUUUAGAAAGUUUAGUGUAUGUGGAGUCAGUUGGCUUCAUGAUCUUGAUAUAAUGGUAAAGGAUAGACAAGAUCCUGAUUCUCAAGUACUCAGUGAAUUAGUUCAGGCUCCAAGGCCCAGCUUACAUUAUAGUACCACCACCACCACCACCACCAAUAUAGUUCGAGAUAGUUUGGAAUUAAAAUCGGUAGUAUCCAAUUCUACAUGGAAAUCCACAGCUCAUCCCAAUAAGCCUCAAAGUGAUAGUAAUUCACUCCAGCUCCUUAAGUAUAUUCAAUCUCAUCCUCAUACAUUAUUUGCUAAGAAAGCCAAAUUCUUUUUAUUAUCACUUGCCUUAUGUCAUACAUGUUUACCAAGAAAAUCAGUCAGUUCUUCAUUAUCUACUAAGAAUAAUUCAUCUAUUACUUUAGAUAAUAUAGUAGAAGAUAAACCUUCAUCAUUUAAUGAUGAUAGUAUAUUAGAUUAUCAAGCUGCAUCACCUGAUGAACUUGCUCUUGUACAAGCUGCUCGAGAUUUAGGUUAUGUAGUAUUCAAUCGUCUGAAUUCUAUAUUAACCAUAAAGACUUAUCCUCAAGGAUUUGAAAAUGAUCCAGAUUAUGAACAAUAUGAAGUCUUACAUGUGAUUGAAUUCUCUUCCGUAAGAAAGAGAAUGUCUGUAGUAAUUAAAUUCCCCGAUGGAAGAAUUUGUUUACUUUGUAAAGGUGCUGAUAAUGUAAUUAUUGAUAAAUUAAAGGCUUGCGAAUUGGCUAAUCAGAAGCAGAAAGAGAUCUCUCUGAAUUCGGCUGACCGAAAGAUCAUGCAAGCCGAUGUAGUAUUGAAUUCUCGAUUAUCUUCUAGUGGUAAUGGUAGUGGAUUACCUCGUAAAUCAAUUAAUUUAGUUCAGAGAUUGAGCACAAGUAGUGCAUCACCCAUUGAGAGAGUUCAGUCUAUUGAUAAUGCACUUAUGGGUCAUGAAGAAGAUGAAUUGGAAUUGGCCGAUAUCGCCAUGAAGGCCCGAAAGUCUCUUCAUAUUCAACAGGCUAAACGAUACAGUAUUGAAUCAGUAGGUGUUGAAGGUAAUUCUACCGGUACUACCACCACCAAUAACCAACCAGUAAGUCCACUAGACAGAGAUAUUGAAUUCAUUCCUAAUGAUAAGUUACUCAUUAAUGAUGAAUUCUUAAUUGAAAAGACUCUAGAACAUAUAGAAGAGUUCUCAACUGAAGGAUUAAGAACUCUCAUGUAUGCUUAUAGAUUUCUCGAUAAGAAAGAGUAUGAAGUAUGGAAUGAAGAUUACAUUAAUGCCGGAAGUCAAAUCAUUGAUAGAACCAAACAAGUGGAAUUAGUAGGUGGAAGAAUUGAACGAGACUUUGAAUUAAUUGGUGCCACGGCUAUAGAAGAUAAGUUACAAGAUGGAGUUAGUGAAACUAUUGAUAAACUUAGACGAGCCGGUAUUAAAAUGUGGAUGUUAACGGGUGAUAAACGAGAAACUGCCAUUAAUAUCGGAUACUCUUGUCGACUUAUUAAGGAUUAUUCUACUGUACUUAUCUUAUCUAAUCAUGAUGGUAAAGAUUACUUAAUUGAAACCAUUACUAGUGCUAUUAAUGAAAUUCAAGCUGGUAGAGUGGCUCAUAGUGUAUUGGUUAUUGAUGGAUCAACUUUAAAUGAUAUAGAACAAGAUCCUACCAUGUUAAGUAUCUUUUUAGAAUUAUGUGUAGAAGUGGAUUCCACCAUUUGUUGUCGAGCUUCACCCUCUCAAAAGGCUAAUAUGGUAAGUGCUGUAAGAAAUCUUAAAAAAGAUUGUGUAACUCUUGCCAUUGGAGAUGGAGCCAAUGAUAUUGCCAUGAUUCAAAGUGCAGAUAUUGGAGUAGGAAUUACUGGUAAGGAAGGACUUCAAGCAGCUCGAGCUUCUGAUUAUUCUAUUGCUCAAUUCCGAUUCUUAUUAAAAUUAUUAUUGGUUAAUGGAAGAUAUAAUUAUAUUAGAACUAGUAAAUUUGUAUUAUGUACAUUCUACAAAGAGUUACUAUUCUAUUUAACUCAAUGUGUUUAUCAAAGAAAUACAUUAUUCUCGGGUUCUUCUAUGUAUGAGAGUUGGUCAUUAUCUAUGUUUAAUACUUUAUUUACUUCCUUAUGUGUUAUAUGUAUAGGGAUGUUUGAUAGAGAUUUAAAACCGGCUACAUUAAUUGCUAUACCUGAAUUAUAUAAUAAAGGUCGAUUAUAUCAAGCAUUUAAUUUAAGAAUCUUUAUUAGUUGGAUGGUUAUGGCUGCUAUUCAAAGUAUCGGUAUAUCAUUUAUGGCCUAUUAUAUAUGGGGAUUUACUGCAUUAAGAGAUAAUUCUGUAUUUCCCUUAGGAACUUUGGUAUUUGCUGCAUUAAUAGUGAUUAUAAAUGUUAAAUGUUUACUUAUAGAAAUGCAAAAUAGAAGUUGGUUACCAUUUGCAGCAUUAAUCAUUUCAGUAGGAGGGUAUGGACUUUGGAAUGUUCUUAUUAUGGCCUUAUAUAGAAGUAAACAAUCACCAAUAUUCUUUGUGGCCUAUGGAUUAAUUGAAUGGGGUCAAGAUCAAAGUUGGUGGGCCAGUUUACUCUUAUUAUUUACUGGUCCAUUACUUUUGGAUAUCCUAUUUAAAGUGCUUAAAUUCAUGUUUUAUCCAAGUGAUGAUGAAUUGUUUAAAUUAUAUGAAAAGGAUAUUGGAUUACGAAGAAUCUUUGAACAUAAGGCAUUUAACGAGUUACAUCAGGGGUGGACUUUUCCUCCUGAUCCUUCACCGGUAAUGAUGCGGAUUAAGAAGUUAUUUGGGAAGCAUGUAGUAAGUCAACCAGUAACUCAUAACGAUAUAACUCCGUUAUAUUCAUUAGAUCCUGAUUCAACAGUCCAUAGGAAAAGAGCCGGUACAAAUCCUAAUCCUUAUGAAUUACCUCCUAGUAGUGAAGGAGUAGCCAUUAGAAGUGAUUAUAAUCAACACUUGGCCUUAGGCGAAGAUUAUGAAAUCCUUCCCUCGGGAAAGAAGAUAAGAACUAAACCCAGAUCGAAUUCUUAUUGGUCAUUGCUUGGAGUAGCAUCUAAGAAGUCAUCAGUCGAUGAAGAUGAUGCUGAAGUGGCUGCUAUUAUUGAUGAGAGAUUGAGAGCUUUGGGGGAUGGUAAUAAAUAA